GGUUAUUCUGUAAUUAGUGAUACCAACUACUUAACUCUAAAAUAUAGUUAUAAAAUAUAGUUUCCACUAGAAUAUCAUGUUUAUCAACAUGAUAGUAACUAAAGCUAACCAAAACGUGUAACGAUCAAUAAAAAUAAACAAUAAGCAUUGUAUAUUGAUCAACAAUGGGGAAAACAUCAAAAGAUAAACGAGAUAUAUAUUAUCGACGAGCGAAAGAAGAAGGAUGGAGAGCAAGGAGUGCUUUUAAAUUGCUUCAAAUAGAUAACGAGUGUCAUAUUUUGGAUGGAGUAAACAAAGCUGUAGAUUUGUGCGCUGCACCCGGUAGUUGGAGUCAAGUUUUAUCACGAAGAUUAAAUGAGAAUUAUAAAAAAGCUUUGGAAGCAGGAAAUGCAAUACCUCCAAAAAUAGUUGCAGUUGAUUUACAAGCUAUGGCACCAUUGGAAGGAGUGAUUCAAAUUCAAGGAGAUAUUACGAAUAUUGACACUGCAAAACAAAUUAUCUCCCAUUUUGAUAACGAACAAGCCGAUUUAGUAGUUUGCGAUGGAGCACCUGAUGUGACAGGUUUACAUGAUAUGGAUAUUUAUAUCCAAUCUCAGUUGUUAUUAGCAGCUUUGAAUAUUACUACUCACAUACUAAGACAAGGAGGCACAUUUGUAGCAAAAAUAUUUAGAGCUAAAGAUGUGACAUUGCUAUAUGCUCAAUUGAAAAUAUUUUCCCUAUGUCUAUUGUACGAACCUAGCAGUUCGCGUAACUCUAGUAUUGAAGCAUUCGUAGUUUGUAAAGAUUAUUCACCACCAGAAGGUUAUAAACCUCAUAUGAUGAAUCCUCUCUUAACACAUAAGCCAUGUGAUUUUAAUGAGCUUACAGGAGUUAAUAGAGUUAUUGUUCCAUUUGUUGUUUGUGGUGAUCUUAGUCAACCUGAUUCUGAUACGUGUUAUCCAUUGGAUUUCGAAGGAAAAGAAUACAUUUACCACGAACCGGUGCAGACACCGAUUUCACCACCUUACAAAGAAGCACUCAGUUUGAUGGAGGAUAGAGAUACCGAUUUCAGAAGAUUCGACGUUAAUGUAGUUGUAGAUAAUCUAAGUUCAAUGACUAUUGAGGACUUUAAAAAACAAGCGAAGCAAAAACAUAAAGACAUAAAUGAAACUAAAAGGAUCGAAUUGCAAGAUAAAAAAGAUGAUAGCGAGGAAGAUAUAUUGGGACUUGACAAGUUAAUGUCCACCGAAUUAUUUGAUGAAUCUAAAAAUAAAGAUAGUGAUAACAUGUAAAAA